AUGUCAUCAAAUCGUACUGAUGAAAUUGACAACAGUAAUUCAUGGAUUCCACUCUUUGAUCGUUUUAAUAAAACCAUACGAGAUGAAGCUGAUAUACUGUUCAAACACAUCGCUGAUAGUCAAACAAAUCUACUAAAUGAACGUAACAGUUUACACAAAGAGAUUGAGAUGUUAAAAAAAGAAAAAGAGGAAAUGACUCGAUUACUCAAGAAAUAUGAUCAGAUCGUAACGCUUAAUGUAGGUGGUCAACUAUUCUCAACUACAAUUGAAACUCUAACCAAAGAAGAAUGUCUAUUCACAAAGAUGUUCAGUGGACGAUUUGAUCUUCGAGAACAUCAGGGUGCUACGUUUAUUGAUCGUGAUCCAACACAUUUUAGAAUUUUACUCAAUUAUUUACGUACAAAUACGUUUAUUGAGCCUAAAUCGACUCAAGAUCGUGUUGAACUUUUGUUAGAAGCGGAAUACUAUCAGAUUACAUCGUUGAUCAAACAAUUGAAAAAUGAAACAGUAACCACUACGAUUAUAGUUGAAAAAUUAUUAUUUGAUUCCACUUUGCAUCAUCCACAAGUAGUUAUCUCAGAAGCUGGCCUCUUAGCUAAUCACAGUGAUGGAUGUGCCAAGUUUUUGUAUGCAAAAAUUGAUUGUCAAGAAUCACCAUUCAUAUUACUUGUUAAUCUACUUCAAUUUCACAAUCCAACGGGUAUUACAACAAAUGGUCAAUGUUGUGACGGUUCAUUUCCUUCGUCAAAUUUUUGUCCUAUAUCAACAUCUUGUCAUCUAAAUACAAUUGUCUGUUUGGAUUUCAUCAAUAAUGAAAUUCAAACAAAUUGGACUUUAUGUCCAUUGGGAAAAAAAUUAAUACGAACAAAAAUAAAUAAUACUAAUCUAUUUAAUUAUUAUUCAAUAAAAAAUAUGACUGAUAUUUUACCAUUACAAUUUGAAUUACCACAAAUAAAUGAUAAUUCAAUUGAUAUAAAAAUAUUUGUUUUUUAUGAUAAUAUGAAUAUGUUACUCAAUUAUUUCUAUACAACAUUUCUUAUUGACAUGUCAUAUUCAUCUUCAACUGAUGAAGUUUUUCAACAAUCAACAUUGAAUGAUCUAUCAAAAAAACAAUCAAAUAUCAAUCAAAUGAUUAUUGCUUUAAAAAGUUAUUGUCGACCAACAUAUUAUGGUAAACAAUGUUCGAUUCAAUGUAUUCCAAAUGAUGAUUGUACAAGUUCAUAUACUUGUAAUCCAAUAACAGGUCAAAAGAUUUGUUCAUCUGGUUGGUAUGGAAGUGAAUGUUCAAUACGUGAUACAUCUUCGACAUGUUUAUCAUCUGGAUUAACUUGUUACAAUGGAGGAUUUUGUCGAAAUAAUCAAUCGACAUGUUGUUGUCCUAUUGGUUAUACUGGUGUAAAUUGUCAAUAUCUUUCAACGUGUACAUCUGGUCAAACUUGUUUAAAUGGUGGUUCAUGUAGUCCAAUUUAUGAUACUAUUUCACGAACCUAUUAUUUUGUUUGCACUUGUCUGCAUGGUUAUAUGGGUUUACAUUGUCAAGAAAAACAACAAUGUCCAUCAUCAUACUAUGGUUCUAAUUGUACAAUUCAAUGUUCACCAUCAAAUUCAUGUUCUCAAGGACAUUUUGAUUGUAAUUCAAACGGAGAAAAAACUUGUUUAUAUGGUUGGGGUCCAAAUAAUACAUGUACACAAAAAAUGAUUGCAUCUAUAUUUGAUCCUGAAUGUCCAAUUUCAACAGGUUGUCUAAAUGGUGGUUCGUGUUUUAAUGGUUCAUGUUGUUGUCCGCCUACUUACACAGGACGUCUAUGUGAAAUAUCUAUUGAUCCUUGUGCAAAUAAUCCUUGUCAAAAUAAUGCUUUAUGUUUAUCGACGUCUACUGGAUAUAAAUGUUUAUGUUCAAGUUCUGUUUACACAGGUCCAUUAUGUGAAAUAAAUCAAAAUCCAUGUCAAUAUUCACCAUGUCAAAAUGGUAUUUGUCAAUUAUUAGAUAAUACAAGUUCAUUUAGUUGUAUAUGUUAUCCUGGUUAUACAGGACAAUUUUGUCAUGUUAAAAUUAAUUAUUGUUUAUCACAUCCGUGUGAAAAUAAUGGAAUUUGUUCUAAUGUAGCCACAGGUUAUGUUUGUACUUGUUCAUCAGAUUUUACUGGAACAACUUGUUCAAUUCGAAUGAAUACAUGUUUUAAUCAAACUUGUUUAGAUAAUAAUAUAAUUCAUUGUCCACAAGGUUUUACAGAUCCUCCAAAUUGUGUAGGGGAUAUAGAUGAAUGUUUAUUAGAAAGUGAACCAUGUAAAAAUGGUGGUGAAUGUAUCAAUACAAUGGGUAGUUAUUAUUGCCAAUGUAAUGAACAUUAUCAAGGAAAUGAUUGUAGUAUUCCAAUUGAUUCAUGUAUAAGUAAUCCAUGUAUUGCAUCGAAUUCGAUAUCAUGUACAUCAGUUAUAAGUGAUACACAUUCAAUUGAUUUUAAUUGUACAUGUCGUGUAGGAUUUACUGGAACUCAUUGUGAAAUUGAAUUAAAUCCAUGUAUGAAUAAUCCAUGUUUAUAUGGAACAUGUGUUGAAUUAACACCAUCAACAUCGUCUUGUAUUUGUGAACCUGGUUGGACUGGAAUUGAAUGUAAGGAUAGUAUUAAUGAAUGCUUAUCCAAUCCAUGCUUAAAUGCUGGUACAUGUAUUGAUGACAUCAAUAAAUAUAAUUGUAAAUGUUUAACGGGUUUUACGGGUACAAAUUGUCAAAUUGAAAUUAAUUCAUGUUCAAGUAUUCCUUGUCAUAACCAUGGUACUUGUGUUAAUAAUAUUGAAUCUUAUUCAUGUUUAUGUCCAUUGGGUUGGACAGGAACUAUCUGUGAAAAAAAUAUAAAUGAAUGUUUAUUUCCAUUAUCAUGUCAUCCAAAUUCGACAUGUAUUGAUUUACCUGGUUCAUAUCAAUGUGUAUGUCCAUCAUGGUUAACAGGAGAAAAUUGUUUAACAGCGAUUGAUCAAUGUGAAACAUCUCCUUGUUUAAAUAAUGGUGUUUGUGUAAAUAAUUUUGGAAGUUUACCUACUUGUCAUUGUCAAUCAGGUUUUACGGGUGUUUAUUGUGAAAUAAAUAUUGAUGAUUGUCAAGCAACACCUUGUUAUAAUAAUGGCACAUGUAUUGAUCAAAUAAAUAGUUUUUUAUGUUUAUGUUCAUCAGGUUAUACAGGUUUAAGAUGUCAAACAAUGAUAAGUCAAUGUAAUAGUUUACCAUGUUUAAAUGGUGGUACAUGUCGAGAUUUAAAUAUAAAUAAUAAUGAAGAAUAUAUGUGUCUUUGUUCACCAUUUUUUACUGGUCAACGAUGUGAACAAAUAAUUAAUCCAUGUUUAAGUUUUCCUUGUAUACAUGGAAGUUGUACACCAACAUUACCAUCAUAUAAAUGUCAAUGUAAUCAUGGAUAUACAGGUCAAAAUUGUGAAACAAUGAUUGAUCAAUGUCUAUCAAAACCAUGUGGAUUCAAUGGAAAUUGUACAAGUUUAUCGACAAGAUUUAGUUGUUGUUGUGCACCAGGUUAUACAGGAAUGGAAUGUGAACAAUUAAUUGAUGUUUGUAUAACAAAUCCAUGUUCAAUCGAAGGUGUUGAACGUUGUAUAUCAACAGAAACAUCAUCAUUUAAUUGUUUAUGUAAACCAGGAUAUUCUGGUCGAUAUUGUGAAAUCAAUGUAAAUGAAUGUUUAUCGCAACCGUGUUUAAAUGGUGGAAUUUGUAUUGAUUUUCAAAAUAGUUAUCAAUGUAUUUGUCCAUUGACUUAUACCGGUAUUAAUUGUGAAUAUUUACAAGAGAAAUGUAUAGGAAUACAAUGUUUAAAUGGUGGUCAUUGUAUAAAUAAUGGAAUGAAUUUAACAUGUUUAUGUUCAAAAGGAUAUCAUGGAGAAAAUUGUGAAUUGAUUAUUGAUUAUUGUCAAUCACAACCUUGUUUAAAUGGUGGAAUAUGUUCAAAUACAGAAUUAGGACCUCAGUGUACAUGUUCAAAUGGAAUUACAGGUAUAUUUUGUGAGACUAUCAUUGAUCAAUGUGAAUCUGAACCUUGUGAAAAUAAUGGAACAUGCAGAUCGUUGAUUGAUAAAUAUGUUUGUCUUUGUCCGAAUGGCUUUAUGGGAGAUCGAUGUGAAAAUGAAAGAAAUGAAUGUGAACCAGUAAAUCCAUGUUUAAAUUCUGGACGAUGUAUUGAUGGUUUUAAUAAUUUUUCAUGUCUCUGUAAUCCAGGUUUUACGGGUUAUUAUUGUGAAACUCAAAUCGAUCAAUGUCAAUCAAAUCCUUGUUUAAAUGGAGGACUUUGUCGAACGUUAAUUAAUAGAUUUAAAUGUGAUUGUCCACAAGGAUAUACAGGAUCGACUUGUUCAUCAAUGAUUAAUCAUUGUUCAAGUAAUCCAUGUUUAAAUAAUGGUUUAUGCAUAUCAUUAAUAAAUGAUUAUCGUUGUGUAUGUCUUCAAGAUUAUAUUGGUUUAAAUUGUGAAAAAACUUCAAAUGAAUGUGUAUUAAAUCCAUGUUUAAAUAAUGGAACAUGUAUAGAUCAAGUUUGGAAUUACACAUGUGAAUGUUCAGAUGGUUUUACUGGAUCAAAUUGUCAGAUACAAAGAAAUUAUUGUGAAAGUUCACCAUGUAUUAAUGGAUUGUGUGUUAAUAAGAUAAAUGGAUAUGAUUGCAUAUGUUCAUCAUCAUCAUAUACGGGAGUUCAUUGUGAAAUAGAAAUCAAUAAAUGUUCUUCAAAUCCUUGUUUAUCUGGUGGCACUUGUAUUGAUAAUUUAGAUAGUUUUAUGUGUAUUUGUCCACCAUGGUAUUCUGGUUUAACUUGUUCUGAACAAAUUGAUCCAUGUUUAAAUCAAAAAAGUUGUGCAAAUAAUGGAACAUGUAUCAGAGAUCUUGAUAUAGAACCAUUUGGAUAUAGAUGUCAAUGUUUACCUGGUUUUAAUGGACAAAUAUGUGAAAUUAAUGUUGAUGAUUGUUUAACACAACCAUGUGAACAUGGAAGAUGUAUUGAUAAAGUUAAUGGAUUUAUUUGUCAAUGUUAUCAAGGAUAUGAUGGAAUUUUAUGUGAUAAUAUAAGUGAUCAAUGUCAAAAUUCACCAUGUCAAAAUAAUGGUAUUUGUCAAUCAUUAAUUAAUACGUAUCAAUGUCAUUGUUUAUCUGAUUAUCAAGGAAAGAAUUGUGAAGAAAAAAUAUUAAAACCAUGUUCGACGAACUCUUGUUUAAAUAAUGGUACAUGUACAUUAACAUCAAAUAAUGAUUUUCAAUGUAAAUGUUCAUAUGGUUAUACAGGUAAAAAAUGUGAAAUAAAAAUUAAUGCAUGUUAUUCAAAUCCAUGUCAUUAUGGAACAUGUCAUGAAAUUUCAAAUGGAUUUUAUUAUUGUUUAUGUUCAUCAGAUUAUACAGGAUUUAAUUGUGAAAUUGAAAUAAAUCAAUGUGAUAGUUUACCUUGUUUAAAUAGUGGCACAUGUAGUAGAACAUCAUCAAAUAUGUUUAAUUGUACUUGUCCAAAUGGAUAUUCAGGUACACAAUGUCAAUAUGUUGAUUAUCAAUGUAAUUCUCGAUCUUGUUUAAAUAAUGGUACAUGUGUAACAAAUAAGGAUGGUUAUCAAUGUGUAUGUCCACUGGGUUUAACAGGUAACCAUUGUGAAAUUGAUAUAAAUGAAUGUGUAUCACAGCCAUGUAAAAAUAAUGGAAUUUGUUUACAAUCAAAACUUAAUCAAUAUCAAUGUCUUUGUCCAAAUGGUUAUACUGGUGUUCAUUGUGAAAACAAUAUUGAUCCAUGUUUAUCAAUGUUGUGUUUAAAUAAUGGUACAUGUAUUCGAACAAGUUUAUCAACAGGAAUAUGUUCAUGUUUAUCCGGUUAUGUUGGUUUAUCAUGUCAAAAUCAAAUAAAUACAUGUUUAAGUGCACCAUGUUUAAAUGGUACAUGUAUACCAUUAGUUAAUUCAUAUCAAUGUAAUUGUUUUCCGGGUUAUACUGGUCAAAGAUGUGAUACAAUUAUAAAUUAUUGUUCAUCGAAUCCAUGUUAUAAUAAUGGUACCUGUAUAAAUCAAGCAACAUCAUUUGCUUGUCAAUGUCCAUAUGGUUUUCAAGGUCGUACAUGUGUUAUACGUAUACAAUCAUGUCAAUCAUCUCCAUGUUUAAAUGGUGGUACAUGUUAUGAUAUUGCACCUGGUUUACAUAAGUGUUCAUGUCGUAACUCUUAUCAUGGAGAAUUUUGUCAAUUACGUGAUUCAUUUUGUUUAGAUAUGCCAUGUCAAAAUCAUGGUAUUUGUUUAGAUACAUUAAAUGGUUAUCAAUGUAUAUGUCAACCAGGUUAUAAUGGAAUAAAUUGUACGAAUGAAAUUCAACCAUGUAUUUCAAAUCCAUGUUUAAAUAAUGGUAUAUGUCGAAAUACAAAUAAUGGUCUUAGUUAUCAAUGUUUAUGUCAAAAAGGUUAUGCUGGUCUACAAUGUGAAUUUGAAAUCAAUUGGUGUUCAUCAAAUCCAUGUCAAAAUCAAGGAACUUGUAUAUCACAAUUAACAUCAUUUAUUUGUCUUUGUUCAUCAUUGUAUACAGGUAGAAUUUGUCAAACACCAAUAAAUAAUUGUUCAUCAACAACAUGUAAAUAUGGUGUACCACUUGUAUUAAGUUCAACAAGUUGUUCAUGUGUUUGUUCCAAUGGUUAUAUGGGUAAUCAUUGUGAUAUACCAAUUAAUCCAUGUUUAAAUAAUUCAUAUUGUAUACGUGGUACUUGUAAUUAUCUUAGUCCUGGUUUAGCUAAUUGUACAUGUCCAAUUGAUUAUAGUGGACUUCGUUGUGACACAAGGUUAUCAAGUGGUGCAUGUUCAUCAUGUCCAUGUUUAUAUGGACAAUGUCGAACAAUUGAUAAUCUAAAUGAUUAUAUUUGUGAUUGUUAUCAAGGUUAUACAGGAAAACAAUGUAAUAUAUCAAUAGAUUUAUGUAAACCAUCACCAUGUUUAUAUGGUCAAUGUUAUUUAGAUGAUAUGAAUGGUUAUGAUUGUAAAUGUUUACCAGGUGCAAUAGGUAGAAAUUGUUCAAUAUUAAUUGAUACAUGUAGUUCAAAUCCAUGUUUAAACAGUGGUGUUUGUAUUCAAGGUUUAAAUACAUAUCAAUGUGUUUGUCAAUCUGGUUAUGCUGGUAUACAUUGUGAAAUAUUAAUUAAUCAAUGUACAUCAUUAAUAUGUUUAAAUAAUGGUACAUGUGUUAAUCUUCCAACAAAACCACCAAGUGCUAAAUGUCAAUGUCCAUCAUUAUAUACGGGUAUUCAAUGUCAAUAUUUAUAUGCACCAUGUACAUCACAACCAUGUCAAAAUUUAGGAACAUGUCUAUCUGAUGGAACAUCAUCAUAUACAUGUCUAUGUCCAAAUGGAUUUUCAGGUAUGAAUUGUGAAGUUAAUGUACAAGUUUGUCAAAGUAAUCCUUGUCAAAAUGGAGGUAAAUGCUCAGAACCAGCACCAUAUUAUUAUAUAUGUCAAUGUCCAUGGCCAUAUUAUGGUAUUAAUUGUGAAUUAAUGUUUAAUCCUUGUUUAAGUCAUCCAUGUCGAGGACCAUCAUCAAAAUGUAUAUCAACACCAAUGUAUCAAAAUUAUACUUGUAUUUGUUCAAAUGGUUUUCAAGGUUCAACAUGUUCAAUACCAAUUGAUCCAUGUCAAUCAACACCUUGUUAUCAUGGUGGUUCGUGUAUAAGAACAGGAUUAUUAACAUAUGCUUGUUCUUGUCAAGCUGGUUAUUCAGGAAAUAAUUGUGAAAUUGAAAUAAAUCCAUGUUUACAUUAUCCAUGUGUUAAUGGAAUAGCAAUAAGAACAUCAUUAAUUAAUUGUGAAUGUCAAUGUUCAUAUUCAUAUUAUGGAAAAUUAUGUGAAAUGAAUAUUUGUGAAGACAAUCCAUGUUUAAUUGGACAAUGUAUAUCAAAUGGAAAUUUUUCUUAUACAUGUAAUUGUCCAGUUGGAUUUCAAUUUAUAAUGGGCGUAUGUGCAGAUAUUAAUGAAUGUAGAACGAUUGCAGGACUUUGUGGAAAUGGUGGCAGAUGUUUGAAUACAUAUGGAUCAUAUUCAUGUUUUUGUAAAACAGGUUUUUAUGGUAAAAAUUGUGAAAAUUUUGAUCCAUGUCGAUCAAUGCCUUGUAUUAAUGGGGGCAUCUGUAUGUCAAAUGAAACUUAUCCUUAUUGGCAAUGUAAUUGUCCUACGGCGUAUACUGGUUCUCAUUGUGAAACAAUAUCACUUGGUUGUUCAUCAAAUCCAUGUCGAACAGGCACUUGUAUUAAUCUUUUAAAUGGUGAAUAUCAAUGUUUAUGUCCUACGAGUAUAACAGGUAAAAAUUGUGAUAAAUCAUUAUUACCAUGUGAUUCAAAUCCAUGUUUAAAUAAUUCAACAUGUUUAACAUUAUCAUUAACAAAUUAUACUUGUGUAUGUCCAACAUUUUAUACUGGUUUAAAAUGUUCUGAACAAAGAAAUCUUUGUUCGAAAACUUCAUGUCAAAGUAAUGCAACAUGUAUUGCUGAUUAUGACUCAGGAAAAGAAAUUUGUUUAUGUCCAUUUGGACGUUAUGGAACUUUUUGUGAAUUAGCUUCUGCUUGUGAACCAAAUCCAUGUGUACAUGGAACAUGUCAAAAUAAAAAUAAAGAUACAUUUCAAUGUAUAUGUAAACCUGGAUUUACCGGCAAGACAUGUGAUAUACCAUUUGAUAUAUGUGAUACAAAUCCAUGUGUAAAUGGUGGAACUUGUUCAAAUUUAGGCAAUGGAUUAUAUAUUUGUACUUGUUCACAUGAUUUUACAGAAUCUGAUUGUAGUAUCUCACAAUGUACUAAAAACAGUUGUUUUAAUGGUGGUAUUUGUUCUAUUCAAAAUAAUUCUCGUCAAUGUAAAUGUCCAUGUGGAUUUACUGGAUCACGAUGUGAAACUCCAUUUGAUAUAUGUUCGUUAACAAUAUGUCAAAAUAAUGGUACUCGACUUAUGAAUACAACUAAUUGUCAAUGUUCAUGUUUAUGUCCAUCGACAUUUACUGGUCAUCUUUGUCAAGUACCAAUUAUAUCAACAAAUAGAACAUAUCCAGGACAAAUUGUAAUUCCAACUAAUCGAUUAGGAGGAUCAUCAUGGGAAAAUGUCGUACAAUGUAUUGAUCAAGUUUGGAAUAGUCUAAAUGUUUUACUAGUAUGUCCAUCACCGUAUAAUCUUGUUACUCCAACAUCAUUUUAUCCAUAUUGUUAUCGAAUGAAUCAACAAAAUUUUCUUAAAAAUCAACGAGAAGCAAUAAAUGAAUGUGAAAAACAACAAACACAAUUAGUUUGGUUUCACUCUACUGAUGAAUUAGAACAACAUUUGUUACCAGCUUUAUUUUCUUAUGGAUUCACUCGAGAUUUUUGGACAAGUGGAAUAUAUAAUUCAAUAUUAAAUCGAUGGCAAUGGUUAUUAACCAAUAAUAAUACACGAAUUGAUAUUAAUCCAUCAAUAAUAAAACAAUAUGAAAUCAGUUCUUUUAAUCAAUCACUUUAUGUUUCAUUUGAUCAAUCAAAAAAUCGACAUUUAAUUGCAAGUUCAUCAUCAGAAUUUUAUUCAACUUUAUGUAAAAUAUUAGCAACACGUCGUUUAUUAAAUAAUCAAACACGUUCUAUUGAUCUUAGUUCAUAUCAAACAACUUAUAUUAAUCAAACUCAAGUUAUUAUUUAUAAUUUUAAUUAUACUAUACUUCCAACCAUACCAUUAAAUGCACUGAUUCAACAACCAACAGAUACUCAAUAUGUUUCUACGUGUGGUGCUUUUGGAAAUCCAUCAACAUCUAUUGAACCAUAUAUUAUUGAUAUAUGUGGUUAUUUUCUUUCAAUUAACAAUCAAAAUAUUCAAUUAUUAAUGCAAACAAUUGGUACAUAUUAUACUAUUCAUCGAAACUCAAUUAGAUCAAUACAAUCUUAUAUUGCUACACCAUUAAAUAUUGAACAUUAUAUAACAAUAACUGGUAAUAUAAUGACACGAAUACAUUUUGUAAUAGCAAGUGAAUCAUCAAUAAUUCUUGGUUCAAAUAUUGAACCAUUAGCAUCAAUUAAUGAUAUUUUGAAUACUAUACCUUACCGAUAUUAUCAACAAUGUAUUCCAUACAUAUCAUUAAAUAUUCUUCUACAAUUAAAAUUAUGUAUUCCAUUAAAUGAAAUUUCAUUAUGGAUUAAUUUAAUUACAAAAGCAGUUUCUGCUGCUACCGGAGAAUCAAAUGUCAAUGUGAUGCUUAAAGGUGUUCAAGAAGGUGUUACAACCACUGGUCAAUCAGCAAAUAUUGGAUAUUUCUUAAUAACAAUCGAUGGAAUAACAUAUAAUCAAACAAUGACUAAUAAUCUAUCAAUGAAUUCAAUUCUUCUUUCAACUAUUCAACAAGAAAAUGAAUAUUUAUUAUGCUCAGAAGAAAGACAAAUUCUUUUCUUAGAAAAUAGUAUUCAGGAUUUUCAUGUUCCUUGUCUAACUCCACAAUUACUUGAAAGAGAAUUAAAUAAUGCUUUACAUCAAGCUGGAAUUUAUACAAUGAAUGUAAAUAUAUUUGGUAUUGAAGAAGCUAUUGAUAGUCUUGGACAAGUUUAUCAUUUACCAAAUAUAUUUUUACAACAUGUAAAUGGUACUUGGCUUGAUAGUUCAUUUGAAUUAAAUAAUGAAUUAUAUGAAAUUUUCAUUUCUAAUCAAAUGCAACGAUUAACAAAUCGUGUUUAUCGUUUUUCAAAAUCUUAUUCUUAUUUUUAUUCAAAUUCUUUAUCAAUAAAUGAUCGUAAUUAUUUAGAAAAACUUAUUUUAAUUUUAUAUAAUCAACAAAAUUCAAUUAUAAGUAAUGAUGUUAAAAUUUUAUAUGAAGAUUUAUAUUUAAAUAAAACUUCAAUGAAAACAAUUCGACGUAUUUAUAUAUUUGUUUUUUAUAAUGGACAAGAACUUGAUGGAAGAUAUAUAUCAUCAUUAACUUUAUCAUCUAAACAAUUUCAUAGUAUUGAUUAUAUACAAAAUCCAUUGAAUUAUAAAUCAAAUCAAAUGCUAAUUAAUCUUAUUAAACAACGUGAUAUACAACAAAUAACAUUUUCAGAAAAAAUAAGUAAAUUAUCAGCUGAACAAAUAUUAAAAGAUUAUUGGCAAAAUCCAAUGAAACAAGGUUUAACAAAUACAAUUAUUGAUAUCAUACAAUUACAAGAAUAUCUUGCCUAUUCAUCGAAUCAAUUCUAUACAACAGUAAUAUAUACAGUUAUUACAUUCGAUGGUUAUAUUAUUCCAAAUGCAUGUUUCAAUUUAAGUUUAUUUCAAAAAACACAUAAUCUAUGUGACAUACAAAAUCAUUAUAUGGAACAAAUACCUAUUGGAUAUAUACCAUCAUUUAUUGAUUUAAAAGGAAGUUAUUUACAAAUUGAUCUUGAUCAAGAAGAUUUUGCUGCAUUUAUUACUUCAGCAUUAGAACGAAUGGAUGUUAGUGGUAAAGGUCAUUUUUAUUUAGUUUCAUCUAUAUUGAUCGAACCACGGUUUGGAUUAGACAUGGUAUUACUAACACGAGUUUAUUUCACGAUUAUACCGAAUCAAAUAAUUAAUCAAGAAAAAUUGUAUGAUCAAUUGAAGUUGAUUUUUUCGACAAUACAAACACGAAAAUAUGAAUUAUAUCCAAUGAAACAAUUAUCUAUUGUACGCACUGAUGCUCACAAAUAUAUAGCCAAUGUUUCAUUUCCAAUAAAUGAUUUCAUGCGAAAAGAUAUUGAAAAUUAUUUAACAUCAUACAAUCCACAAUAUGGACAAGCAAAAGUUGUUUAUGCUGAAUCUCUUAAUAUAAAUCAAACUCGUUUUUAUUUAACUUUUAUCAAUCAAAAGCAAUUAAUUACUAGAUGUGAUUUUAAACUUUAUUAUCCUGGUGUUUCAACAUAUAACGACGAAAAUCUUGAAAUCAAUAGUCUUUAUCUCGAAUGGCAUACUUUCAUUGCUAAAUUAGCUUCACUUAUUGAUAGUCUUAGUCAAUUAUGGACAAAUGAAAAUUUAAAUAAUUCAAAAAAUUUAUCUAUUCAAUUACAAAAUCAAAUUCAAUAUAUUUGUUCAGAUGGAAACCGAUCUGUUCGAAUCGAUUAUAUUAUUAAAAAUGUUUCAGUUCAUAGUUUAAAAUCACCUUCUAAUUCAGUAUUUGAAAAAGUUUAUGGCAAAUUUCAUAAUAAUUGUAUUUCAUAUGAAGUACGUUCGUUAUAUUUAAUUGAACCACGUUUACCAGAUAAAGAAAUUUAUCAAGCAUUAGAAAAUGCAUGGCGUCAAUCGAAUAAUAAUUUUCCGAUAAAAAUUUCUUCAGAACUUUUUAUUGAUUCAUCAUAUUUAACAAAUAAAAAUCAAACAGUAACACGUUUUAUUUAUACAAUAAAUUCUAAUACAUUAAAAUUUAUUCGACCAUCAGCAAAUUCAAUACAAUUAUCAAAUAUUUAUACAGAUAUUCCAUAUAAACGAUGGACAAUUUAUGUCGAAAAUAAAAUAUUAAAUUCAACAAUAUUAUUCAUGAUUAAUAAAGCAUUACGAUUAAGUUGGGCAAAAGCAAAUAGUUAUCUUUUUCAACCACAUGAUGUAUUCAUACCAUCUAUUAAUACCGUACUAUGCGAUAAUGGACAAAUUAAAAUUGAUUAUAUGAUUGGUUUGCGAUCUGGUGAUAUUGGCGAUUAUUCUGAACCCUCUAAACAAAUUUAUUCACAAAUAUUCAAUGAAACAAGUUUAACGACAUUAGUUCAUUUACGUUAUAUACCAAGAAAUAAUAAUGAGGUAUUAUUAAAUAAUGAUCAAAUAUCAUUGGUUUCACUUGAUUCUCAAUCUGGUAGUCCAUUCAAUGCGCUUGAUUGGUGGUCUAUUUUAAUUAUUGUUAUUGCUGCAUUAAUCCUAUGGUUAAUUUUAUGUGUAGUUUGUUAUAUAUGCCUUCGAAAACGGUCAACAAAUCGUUAUCAUCAUAAAAUUUCUAAACGUCCAACUAGACAGAUGGAUAUUCUUGCUCGAGAACAAGAUCAUUAUUUACGUCCAUCAUUAUCUUCAUUAGCAUUUGAUGGACCAUAUGCAGAAUCAUUUAAUUCAUCGGCUGAUGAUCAACAAAGAAUAUCAACAAGAACAAUAUCUUCACAACCUGAAUUACAAGUUCGUCGUUUAUCGGAACAAGAUUGGCCACAUUUUGCAAUGCAUAAUCCAUAUGGAUGGUCAUCACAUCUUUUAAAUUCACCAUCACAUUCAACAAAUUCAAAUCGUCCAUUAUAA